UGCGCACGUUCUUUCUCAAACUCUGUGUUUUCUUUUCAUUUUUCCUCUUUGAUUCUUCAAACCCUCUUGCUUUUUCUUCCUGAAAAACUCCUCUAGAAAGUAAGUGAUUUGUGUUACAUGUCGUUUUUGGUGUAGAGAGACAGAGAAGAGAAAAGGGUUGCAUGGUUUUGGUCUCUGGAGAAUAAGAGAGAUCAAGAAAGAUGUUGCAGAGAGCUGCAAGCAAUGCAUAUUCAUGGUGGUGGGCCAGCCACAUCAGAACCAAGCAGUCAAAAUGGCUGGAGCAAAACCUCCAAGAUAUGGAGGAAAAGGUGCAAUAUGUGCUUAAACUCAUUGAAGAGGAUGGGGACUCUUUUGCCAAGAGAGCAGAAAUGUACUACAAAAAGAGACCAGAGCUGAUACACUUUGUUGAAGAAACCUACAGAGCGUACCGGUCCUUGGCUGAACGGUAUGAUCACAUUUCAACAGAGCUACAGAACGCCAACAACACGAUUGCUUCUGUUUUCCCAGAACAAGUUCAGUUUGCCAUGGAUGAAGAAGAUGAUUAUUCCUCACCCAGAAUGCCAAAAAGGCCUCCAGAUAUCUCAAAGGGGAAUAUCCCGAAGGUUCCAAAGGGUCCUACUAAAGAUCUAAAGAGUCUUCUUACAAAAGCAACAGCUAAAAAUAAACUGCAGCCUCAGAGGUCAAUGAAAACAGUAACUGCUAAAGCAGUUCCUAAAUCUGGCUUGAGCAAACCUCAGGCACUUGAAGAGAUUGACAAGGCUCAAAAACAAAUUCUGUCCCUACAAACUGAGAAAGAGUUUGUAAAGAGCUCAUAUGAAAAUGGACUUGCAAAGUACUGGGAAAUAGAGAACCAAAUCAAGGGAAUGCAAGAGAAAGUAUCCAAUUUGCAAGAUGAAUUUGGUGAGGGAAUUGUCAUUGACGAUAAUGAGGCUCGGAAUUUGAUGGCAGCAUCUGCUUUAAAUUCAUGCCAAGAGACAUUGGCUCAAUUGCAGAUGAAACAGGAAAGUACUGCUGAGGAAGCAAGAAUUGAGUCACAACGGGUUAAGGAUGCCGCGAAGAACUUAGAGUCUCUUAAGAAUGAGUUUCAACAUGGUCAAAUCAAUCAGGAAAAGCCAAAUGCACAGGAUGAAUCUGUGAAUGUAGUAAAUGAGAAAAAAUUGGACCAGGAAGUGGACAGUGUGACACAACAGAAACAGAAAUUGGAGUUGUUACGAGAUAAAAUUAAGGAACACUACGAGGCUGGGCCUGAAACAUCUCUCACUAUUACGGAAAUGGCAGAUAAGAUUGAUGAGCUUGUGAAUAAAGUGAUCAGCUUAGAGAGUGCAGUUUCAUCACAGACUGCUCUAGUCCAGAGUUUAAGAAGUGAAAAUGACGAGAUUCAUGAACAAAUUCGAAUUCUGGAAGAUGAUAAGGUAAGUCUCAUUGAUGGAAAGAAGGACUUGAGCAAAAAGCUGAAGGAACUGGAGGAAAAGUUGCAUCAAGUCCAGGAUCUAAACCAAAGUGUUGAAAACCAGAAUGACAAUCUCCAGACACAUUUUACUGAAGCACAUUGUAAUCUUGGUCACAUUUCUCAUAAACUGCGAACCGUGAAGCCAGAUGAGGAGGUCAAGGUCACAGGCUCAUCAGAAACGAAAGAGGGAUCUCUGGGGGAAGCCAAGCUCCAAAAGCAGUUUGAAAGAGAAGAAAAAACAGUUAAUCCUGAUGAUGGCUUCAAGGGACUGCAGGAAGCAAAGUCAGGAGAGGAACUGAAGGCUACAGUUUCACCGCAAAAAGAUGAAGAACCUCGGGCUGAAGUGAGACUGUCAAAAAAGUCCACAGAACAUAAAGAAACACUAAAUCCCGCUGAUGGUUCUGUAAAAGCUACAGAUGUUCUCCGUACUGCUGGCGAUCAAGGAGAAGAUGUUUGUCAAUCUCUGGAAAUUAAUAACGAAGAUAAGAAACAUCUGGACAAAGAUGACAAGCAAACUUCAGUGCAGCCUGUGGAUAAUCUUCUCAAUAUGGAACCAAAGGAACAAGCAACAAGGAAAGAAGAUGACGAGCAAACUUCAGCGCAGACUGUAGAUAAUCUUCUCAAUAAGGAACCAAAGGAACAGUCAACAGGGAAAGAAGUUGACAAGCAAACUUCUGCUCAGACUGUGGAUAAUCUUCUCCACAUGGAACCAAAGGAACAAGCAACAAUGAAAGAAGAUGACAAGCAAACUUCUGUUCAGACUGUGGAUAAUCUUCUCAAUAUGGAACCAAAGGAACAAGCAACAGAGAAAGAAGAUGACAAGCAAACUUCAGCGCAGACUGUGGAUAAUCUUCUCAAUAUGGAACCAGAGGAAGAAGAACCAGACUGGCAGAAAUUGUUUUUGAAUGGGAUGGAGGACAGAGAGAAGAUUCUAUUGGCAGAGUACACUACAACUCUUCGGAACUACAAGGAUCUCAAGAAGAAGUUCAGUGAAGCUGAGAACGACCUCUUUGAAACAUCAGUCCACAUAAAAGAACUGAGGAGUUCCGGUGCCAUGAAGGAUGAAGAGAUUAAAUCAUUGCAUAAGAAACUGGAUCUUCUGCUACAGAGUAUAGGUAAAAAUAAAGACUCAGAAGAAUUUAAAGCUUUAGAUCACCAGCAGACCCCAACGAGUACACCAGCAGACAAGAAAGACAAUGAUGAACUUGAGGGAACUUCAACUAUAUCACCUAUCGAAGAAAAAUUCAGGGGCAAUAUUGAUGAACUGUUGGAAGAGAACUUGGAUUUCUGGUUAAAAUUUAGCGCUUCAUUUACACAGGUACAACAAUUUGAAACUACGGUGGAAGAUUUGCAGUCUGAGAUAUCCAAGCUUGAGGAGAGAAGAAAGAAGCAAGAUGGAAGUAGUCAUGCAAAAUAUUCUAUGAAAUCAGAUGCACGACCACUAUACAAGCACCUAAUGGAGAUACAGACUGAACUAAAUGUUUGGUUGGAAAAGGGUGCAAUACUGAAAGAUGAGCUGCAGUGCAGAUUCACAUCUUUAUGCGACAUUCAAGAAGAAAUAACGAAAGCUUUGAAGACAGGUGCUGAGGAUGGCGACUUCAAGUUUACAAGCUACCAAGCUGCAAAGUUCCAAGGCGAGAUUUUAAAUAUGAAACAAGAGAAUAACAAGGUUGCAGAUGAAUUGCAAGCAGGAUUGGACCAUGUGAACGCACUCCAACUUGAAGUAGAAAAAACUAUGGCAAAGUUGAAUGAGGAGUACAGACUCUCUGGAUCAAAGAAGCAACCUCCUGCACAUCUAGCUCACUCUGAGAGUCGGUCCCGAGUUCCCUUGCGGUCAUUUAUAUUUGGUGUUACACCAAAGAAGCAAAAGCGAUCAAUCUUCGCCGUUGUGGCCCCUGCAAUGCAUAAGAGAUACCAAGAUUCGAAAGCUAGAUCAUCCCAGCAGUAAUUUUUUUCCAUUCCGUGCUGUUUGUUUUCUUUUCUUUCGUUUCGACUUUUAAACAAUAUUUUUGACAGAUUUCCGUGCGGUUCUUCCUUUUCUUUUAGGUCUCCCUCUCUGUUUUUGUUUUUGAUCUGGGAGGAAUAUGUUAUUUGAUUACCAUACAUGUUUUGUAGUUUGUAAGUAUCAAAACAAUAUGAGCAUUUAAGCCAUUUGUUACCAUAUUGGCAUGGUCAUUUAACUCCAAUUCUGCAUAUGUUUAUUUAGUUCCAAAUACAUCUCAGUUCAAAGUUGAUGCCA